AUGGCGACAGACAAGGCUUUCAAGGUCGGCAUAAUCAUCGGCAGCCGGCGGGUCGUGCGGGUCGGCCCGCAGAUCGCCAGCUUCGUGCACGACAUCAUCAAGAACGCCGAGGAAAAGGCCGCGUCGCCGCGGCGGACCGUCACGUUCGACGUGGUCGACCUCAAGGCGGUCGACCUGCCCUUCUUCGACGAGCCGGGCAUCCCGCAGCGGAUCCAGUCGGCGGACGGGUACGCGCACGAGCACACGCGCGCGUGGUCGCGGCGGGUGGCGGCGCUCGACGCCUUCGUGUUCGUCACGCCGCAGCGCAACUGGAGCUUCCCCGCCGAGCUCAAGAACGCCCUCGACUUCCUGUUCCACGAGUGGGCCGGCAAGCCAGCCAUGAUCGUCAGCUACGGCGGCCACGGCGGCCACCAGUGCGCCGAGCAGCUGCGCGCCGUCCUGCGCGCCAUGCGCGUGCGCGUCACCGAGAAGUCGGUCGGCUUCGCCUUCCCCGACCCCGACUUCCGCACCAAGUGCUUCAACGGGCAGGAGCUCGGCCUGGACGCGAGCAACGAUGCGGGGCCGUGGGCUGCCCAGAGGAGCGAGGUUGUCUCGGCCUGGGACGAGCUGCUUAUUCCUGAAUAUUAA